AAUGUCUCGCUUCCGGUCCUGCGCUCUGUCUGGAGCGGAUUGGAACCCGGAGUCAGGAUUCGCUAAAUGAAGUGUCUUUUGCAGGAAAGCUUGACAGAAUGGCAGCUGAGCCUCCAGAGGAGUUCAUCUGGUGUGAGGACUGUGGACAGUACCACGACUCGGAGUGCCCAGAACUUGGACCUCUGGUGACCGUCAAGGACUCUUUCGUCCUCAGCCGGGCCCGUUCCUCGCUUCCAAACAGUCUGGAAAUCAGGCCAGCAGCAGAUCACGGUGAGGGUGUCUUCGUCCAACGACAGCUGGUCAAAAGGACACGAUUUGGCCCGUUUGAGGCUAAAAGGGUGCCCGUUUUGGAAAAAGAAGUUGGCUUUCCUUUGAAGAUCUUCCAGCAUGACGGCAUGGUGUGUUUUGACACCAGUAGUGAAGACGACUGUAACUGGAUGAUGCUGGUCCGACCUGCCACAGAUCACCAACACCAAAAUCUGACAGCCUACCAGCAGAAUGAUGAGGUGUUCUUCAACACAAUCCAGGAUGUGCUCCCAGGAACAGAGUUGAGGGUCUGGUAUGGAGCUUUCUAUGCUAAAAAGAUGGAGAAGCCCAUUCUCAGGUGUCCCACUCAGCCCCUACCCCCUACAGAAACUAAGGAAAAUGCUGCUGUUACACCCCCUCUGGCCAAAGACAACCAUGCAGGUCACAUGACCGGUGCUGUCGAUGAGGUGCUGACCUCAACAGAGGUUCCAAGAGACUUUCAAACAUCACAAAAGGACGAUGUGGUCGGAGAGGACGAUGACGCUCCCGCUGCUCCGCCGCUUGCAAGAAAAGGGUCCAUACGUGGGAGAAAAGCAAGGGGCCACAAACCUCGAACUGUAGUUGCCGUGAGCAGGAGUAAAGAUGUGAAGCAAGCUAUUGAGAGCACACAGUCUCUUGCUUUAGAGGUGGCCGCUUCCUCAAAGGGAGGCGGCCCACCCUUGGUUUCGGACGUCGGGGCCGUGCAAAAGAGAGUGCAAGGCCGAGAACACAAGAAGGUGUACCGCUGCUCCCUCUGCAGCAAGGUCUUCCAGAACAGCAGCAACCUCAACAGACACAUCCGAUCACAUGGUGACAAGCUCUUCAAGUGUGAUGAAUGUGACAAACUGUUUAGCCGCAAGGAGAGUUUGAAGCAGCACAUCUCCUACAAGCACAGCAAGAACGGGCCUGACUUGGAAUACAAAUAUAAAUGCAACACAUGCGACAAAUCCUUCCGCCUGGAAAAUGCCUUGAAAUUCCACAACUGCAGGACAGACGACAAGACGUUCCAGUGCGACAUCUGCUCCCGUUUCUUCUCCACCAACAGCAACCUCUCUAAGCACAAGAAGAAGCAUGGCGAAAAGCUCUACUCCUGUGAGAUCUGCAACAAGAUGUUCUACCGCAAAGACGUCAUGCAGGAGCACCACAGACGACACCGCUUUGGAUCAAAGCACAUGAAGAAAGAGGAGUUGGAGGCCAAUGGAGAAGAAGCAAGCAAGUACCGCAAAGAACCUUCACCGUGUCCAAUCUGUGGCAAGGUGUUCUCCUGCCGAAGUAACAUGAACAAACACUUGCUGACUCAUGGCGAUAAGAAGUACACCUGCGAGAUAUGUGGCCGCAAGUUCUUUCGCGUGGACGUGCUUCGAGACCACAUUCAUGUUCACUUCAAGGAUAUAGCCCUAAUGGAUGAGCAGAAGAGGGAGGACUUCAUCAAGAGAAUCGGCAUUUCAGUUGGUGACAGCGACGAAAAAGAGGACGAAGACGAGGAAGACGACCCCGAGCGCCAUAAGUACAACUGCAAGAAAUGUCAGAUGUCGUUUGCGAAAGGCAGAGAAUACCUGAAGCACAUCAUGGAGCAGCACAAAGAGCGAGGCUAUGGCUGCGGGAUUUGUGAGCGUCGUUUCGCACUGAAAGCCACAUACAACGCCCACCUGGUCAUCCAUAGGGAGCAGCUACCUGACCCUGCUGUGCAGAAGUAUAUCCACCCCUGUGAAGUUUGUGGCAGAAUCUUCAAUAGUAUUGGAAACCUGGAGAGGCACAAGAUCAUCCACACUGGGGUGAAGAGCCACAGCUGUGAUAAAUGUAGCAAAUCAUUUGCAAGGAAGGACAUGCUGAAAGAGCACCUAAGAGUCCAUGACGACAUCCGAGACUUCCUGUGUGCAGAAUGUGGGAAAGGCAUGAAGACCAAGCAUGCUCUGAGGCACCACAUGAAGCUCCAUAAGGGCAUCAAAGAGUACGAGUGCAAGGAAUGUAACCGCAAGUUUGCCCAGAAGGUCAACAUGCUUAAACACUUGAAAAGACAUACGGGUAUGAAGGACUUCAUGUGUGAGCUGUGUGGAAAAACUUUCAGUGAAAGAACCACUCUGGAGACGCACAAGCUCAUCCAUACUGUGGGGAAGACCUGGACGUGUGCCACCUGCGAUAAGAAGUAUUUGACAGAGUACAUGCUGCAGAAGCACGUGCACCUGACUCAUGAGAAGGUGGAGGCCCAGUCGUGUCACCUGUGCGGCACCAAGGUGUCCACGCGGGCCUCCAUGAAUCGUCACCUGCGACGCAAACACCCCGAGGUGGUGCCUGUGAGAAUUGAUGACUUUGAUGAUCUUCAAGAAUGCCAGACGAUCAACGACUCGUCCAUCAGCAUUGUGCAGCUGGAAAAAGACAGUGCGUCUCAGGAAAGACCCAGCCGACCGACCCGCACGGCCAAGAAGAAGCCUAGAGUUGUGAGCGAGCCGGAACUUUCGGGAUCAGACGACUACACCGAUUUUACAGAUUCCAGACAAGAGCCACUGCCGGAAUUCAACACAGUGGUCAUUGGUGAGGAGAUGGAGACCAGCUCUGCAGUGCAGAGUAUCCAGCAGGUGGUGGUCCUGGCUGACCCCAAUGCUCCGCCCACUUCUUCUCCCCACAGCUCGGUGAGUCUGAGCAACAUCACGGUCACGCCCAUCAACAGCACUCCUUCCGCUCAGUUCACCAGUCUGCAGCCUGUAACGGUCGGCCACCUGACGGCCAACGACCGACCGCUCUCACUGGACAACUCCAUCCUCACCGUCACCUUCGACACGGUCAGCGGCUCGGCCUUGCUGCACAACAGGCCCGCCGACCUCGUCCCGGAAGCGGCGGUCACCCCGGGGGGCCCGUCAGCCCAGUCUGUGGCGCACUUCAUCAACCUCGCCGCUCUUGUCAACCCCAUGAGCCACCAGCUGGAGGCCCCGACGCUGGCCUGGAGACCCGUGUCGGCGGCAGACAGCGCCCGGGCUCCCCCUGGGGCGGAGGGGGUCCAGGGGGAGAUCCACGAGACCCAGAGUCACGGUCCCGAGGUAGGCCGGCCCGGUCAGAGCCAAACACCCACAACACAGCCGCACAACGGUGCCGCCCAGCAGAUGUUCAGCUACUCAUGAGGAGUGGGUGUGCGGGUCGCCUCACACUCUUCAUAUGUAAAUAUGUCAAUUUUAACAAAGUGUACAUUUAUCUUUUUCACCUGGACAGCCUUUUAUCCCUUUCGUGUAUUUUGUUUAAUAACUUCAUCCUGAAAUUCACUCCUAAUAUCCCACGUUUUUGUUAAGGGUAUACAAACAUACUACUGAAGUACAAUCAAACCUGUCAACAGCGACCACUUAAGGGAAACAACAAAAGUGGCCGCUAUAAAGCACACAGGUUGUCAUGGCGUUGAACAUUAUGUGAUAAAACACUAAACAAUUCAUAUUGAAGCAAGCUUACCCUAAAACAAGUUGACAAGUGAUUAACAACUGACCUCUACGUGAUUAACAACUGACCGAUGCGUUUCCACUUCAGUCAACGUGUCAACUUCCGUCAGCUGACGCUUCGCAGCGAAUAUGAAAAGGCUUCUUUUUUUACAGAAUGGCGUCACAAUUUCAGACGGAUAAGGUUAGAGCAGGACGGCUGGUGUUUCUUAACCAUAUUGGUGGCAAUGGGGCCAGUAAAAAAUAACUACACGUCUGUAAUGCAUUGUUAGAAAAUAUUAAAAAAAUUUAAAAUUUUAAUCACGUUUACUUUAAGUUACGAUUCAGAGACGAUUCAAAAUUUUCAAGAACUGAUUUUUAAAAAGAGGGUUUUUAGACAAGUGUUUCUUAACCAUAUGCAACCAGUGAGUUUCAGUGAUAGGGGUAUCGGGGAAAAAUGUUUUCACAUCCAUAUCACGAUUAUUUUUCAUUACGACUCUGAAUUGAUUCAAAAUGUUCCAAAAUCUUUUUUUUUAAGGCCAGUGUUUUUUGACUGUAAGACUGCUGCUAUGCAGCUGGUGAGUCUUGGUGCUAAAAGUGCUUAUAAAAAUCAAUUCAGAUGCGAUUAUUUUUUUAAAUUACAAUUCUGAAUCAAUUCAAAAUGUUCAUGAAUUGAUGGAGGAAAAAAUAGGCCUUUGAUCGCUAAAUACUUGCUUUAAUAUUGUUUGACAAGGUUUAAACCUCUUAUAGUAUAUGUAGGUUAGAUAUCAUUAUUGAGUACCUCUAAGAUUACAAUAUGAUUGUUAUUAGAGUUGGCCCCUCUUGUCUAUACUGGAAACAUUGGGCCCUGAGAUCAAAAAGAUUAAGAACACCUGUUUUCGGACAUCCCUGCACUUACUCGUUUUGUGUACCGUAUUUUUUGGAGUAUAAGUCGCUCCGGAGUAUAAGUCACACCUGCCGAAAAUACAUAAUAAAGAAGGAAAAAAACAUAUAUAAGUCGCACUGGAGUAUAAGUCGCAUUUUUGGGGGAAAUUUAUUUGAUAAAACCCAACACCAAGAAUAGACAUUUGAAAGGCAAUUUAAAAUAAAUAAAGAAUAGUGAACAGGCUGAAUAAGUGUACGUUAUAUGACGCAUAAAUAACCAACGGAGAAGGUACCUGGUAUGUUAACGUAACAUAUUAUGGUAAGAGUCAUUCAAAUAACUAUAACAUAUAGAACAUGCUAUACGUUUACCAAACAAUCUUUCACUCCUGAUUGAUAAAUCCCAUGAAAUCUUAUACGUCUAGUCUCUUACGUGAAUGAGCUAAAUAAUAGUAUUUGAUAUUUUACGGUAGGCUUCACGGUGGCAGAGGGGUUAGUGCGUCUGCCUCACAAUACGAAGGUCCUGCAGUCCUGGGUUCAAUCCCAGGCUCGGGAUCUUUCUGUGUGGAGUUUGCAUGUUCUCCCUGUGAAUGCGUGGGUUCCCUCCGGGUACUCCGGCUUCCUCCCACUUCCAAAGACAUGCACCUGGGGAUAGGUUGAUUGGCAACACUAAAUUGUCCCUAGUGUGUGAAUGUAAGUGUGAAUGUUGUCUGUCUAUCUGUGUUGGCCCCGCGAUGAGGUGGCGACUUGUACAGGGUGUACCCCGCCUUGCGCCCGAUUGUAGCUGAGAUAGGCGCCAGCGACCCCGAAAGGGACAAGUGGUAGAAAAUAGAUGGAUGAAUGGGUAAUCUAAGUCACAGCAGGGAAUAAGCGGUAGAAAAAUGGAUAGAUGGAUAUUUUACGGUAAUGCGUUAAUAAUUUCACACAAAAGUCAAGCCUGAGUAUAAGUCGCACCCCCGGCCAAACUAUGAUUAAAAACUGCGACUUAUAGUCCGUAAAAUACGGUAUGUUCAUACAUACUGUAAUCAACCAAGAGAAUGGAUUUUUAAACUAUUUCAAAAAAGUUUUACUAUAACAUAUAAACCAAGUAGUAUAUUGCAAGAAUCUUGUUGAAUCAAUUUGGAAUCAGCUCAUCACCCCAAAUGUCUGAAUCGAACUGAAUCAUGAGUUGUAAUAGUCACAGCCCAAGUUGGCGGCGCACUAGCAUGCAGCAAAUUCACAUUGAUUGAUUGAUUGAUUGAUUGAUUGAAACUGGUAUUUAUUAGUAGAUUGCACAGUACAGAAUAUAUUCCGUACAAUUGACCACUAAAUGGUAACAUCCGAAUAAGUUUUUCAACUUGUUUAAGUCAGGGUCCACGUAAGUCAAUUCAUGGUAAACAAACACUUGGAAUGUAGGGGUAAAAAUCCAUCUAUCAACAUCAAUGUCAUUUUUUUUUUUUUAUUAUUAGUGGCUGCUACACCAAGUAAAAAAACCAUUUUUGGGGGAUUCAGUGCCUCUACUAUUCCAUGCACAUUCAACCAAUGCCUGUGAAUUAUGCACAACUUUGCAACUUCCCCGCUCAUUUUGUCCAGUCAGCGUCAUUUUCACCAAUCACAUUGGUCUGCGCGGCGCUCAAACACUAAUGUCGGCUGUCUAAUCAAAACUGUUUGUCAUUUUAUGUAGACAAAGCAGAAACAACGAUGUGUAACAAUAUAUCCAUCCAUUUUCAGUUGUCAUCCUUCCGCAUACAUCCGAAUUACUUCUUGUUCUCUUCUACAGCGCUAACCCUUCUGGGUAAUGUAGUACAAAAACAUGUACUUUGUAGUUUCCCUGUAUUCAUAUAUGGAUUUAAAAUGUGUUUAUCCAGGGUAAGACAAUUUCAAACAUUUUUAUUUGCAAUGCUGACCGAGCAAUGAGGCAGCAUUUACAUGUUAGAGAUGUUGAUGUUUGAUGAUGAUCUCUCACUGUAUGUCAUUAACCAACACAAAUUUGCGCUACUAAUCGCUCUCAACAUGCAAGAGCAAAUGUGUUAGAACAUACAUUUAUUUUUAGAAUAUUUUUAAAGCGUAAAACAAACAGAGAAUGUCUGCAACUUGUGCACAACAGAGUAGACAGCGGACAAUAAGGAAGCCUUUGAUAGUGUUUCUUUCUGGAAUUAUAAUUAUUUAUUGCUAUUUUUAGAUAUACACAAUUGAAACAGUACAGUAGUUUGACAAUAAACUCUGAAUAUGUGCUUCUACUGCCAUCUAGUGUCUACUUUUGAAGUAUGUGUGGUAUAAAACAUCAAUACAAUAUUUGUUUUUCCAUUUCUGUUGAAAUCCUGUGGGUUUUUUUUUAGGUUGAGGUUCCAAGGAACUAUUCAAACGUUGAUAACAAAUUACAAAAAGCACAGGGCGAUUUAAUCUUGAUAAAAAGAAAUAAGCUUGACAACAUAGUUGUUGCCGCAACUUUCUGAAAAAGUGUAUUUUGGCAUUUUAGUUCAAAACAAUCACAGAAAAAGCCUGCAAAAUCUUGGAGGGACUCAGACAAGUGGCCGCUAACAGAGGUUUGAUUGUACUUAAACAGGACUAGAACACACUACACACCUACUAGUACUUUUAAAUAUGAAAACAAAAAACGUGUUGAACUUUUUAAUAUUUACAAUGUUUCUUUAACUAUUUUCUGCCGGAAGUCAUCUUUAUUUUGUGUUCCUGUAAAAAGAGUAUUGUGAGAAAUGAUAGCGACUUUAUAUAGCAUUUUUUUUUAUUAUUAAGCUCUGAACUUUGAAUAAAGGUUGGGCGUGUGAAGGCAGCCAGUCUGAACACUAUCA